AUGUAAUGCUUACCACCGAACAGUUUCCAUUAGAAUAACUGUAAAUCUACACAGAAUUAGUGCGCAUAUCACACAUUCUAGGUGCGGUGGUUUUGCGCAGAAGUGUCAAAGCGCCAUGGGCUUCUCCUGCCUUCCCGCAAGUGUUUCUCCUUCUCUCAGGUAAGGGUAUAGGGGGAGGGGGGUUGUAGCUUUUGUUCUGUUGAAAAGGGGGCUUGUUCCUCCAGGAUCGCCCUACCAUCUUAACCAGGGGGUUGACACUGGCAAUGGGUGUAGAGGAGGGGAUAAGAGAGCGCAGUCAGUCCAGCACCAGCGUUCGCUAAGGACACACUACCACACCACCAUCAUCGCAAAGGGGAUGCGCCAGUUCGCUUCCUCUGCCUGACUGUCAAUCGGACAUCCAUCCCAGGACUCAACCAAAUUACUGAGUGGAUAAGCCAUAGAAACAGCGUCAGAGAAUCCACCUUGGAACUAUCUAUACCGGCUUGCAAAUAUCGUUUCUAAUGUACAGUCUACCAUCUCUGUGGACGACAGUGGACUUUAUUUCUCUUUGCUUCAGACGGGCUCGACAUGCACAUUGCUUUGUCAAUAAGUGCACUUAAACGUCCAGUGUGAUGAAGGAACACUGACUGACUGACACUUGUUCAACAACAGUGUCCUAACUCGUAUUUGUAUUUCGGUGAGGACGUGGUCCCGGUCAUGUCUCAGACAUCGUUUCUGCCAUGAAACUCAAAGAUAUAUUGCUCAAAGAUAUAUCGAUCGCGUCGGCGCAGGCUGUGAAUUGGAGUUCAAGGGAGAGUCUUUUGAUAAAGGAUCUAAACAACAACUGCUGAAAAAACUCCCUCGAAAUCGAUUUGAAAUAGAUAAUACCCUCAGCUGAUAGUCAGAAUUUUAUCUGCUAGGACAACCCCUUUCAUCAACAUGCGACUCAUUCCUUCGCGACUGAGUUAUCUGUUCCUCCACCUUUUUGCGUUCUGCUACUACGCUCAGGUAACCAUUCAGUCCCCGCCUAAUUUUACACAGCAUGUGAGUGAACAAAGUAAAGUGACGGACCGGGUAAGCCGGAGACUCAUUCGGACCUACCAGCUUUACAGCCGAACCAGCGGCAAACAUGUCCAGGUACUGGGGAACAAGAAGAUCAACGCCAUGGCAGAUGAUGGGGAUGUUCAUGCUAAACUCAUUGUGGAGACAGACACGUUUGGAAGUCGAGUUCGCAUCAAAGGAGCAGAGACAGGAUUCUACAUCUGCAUGAACCGGCGGGGGAAGCUGAUUGGCAAGAGAAAUGGCCAGGGAAAGGAUUGUAUCUUCACUGAGAUAGUGCUAGAGAAUAACUACACCGCGCUGCAGAACGGCAAGUAUGACGGCUGGUACAUGGCUUUCACACGCAGGGGAAGGCCCAGGAAAGGGUCCAAGACCCGGCAACACCAGCGCGAGGUCCACUUCAUGAAGCGCCUGCCCAGGGGACACCACGUCACGGAGCAGCGGCCCUUUGAGUUCAUCAACUUUCCCCUCAAUAAAAGGACUAAACGCACGCGCAACUCAGGAGAGCGCUGACGAGCGAGGAAGGAGAAAGAAGCGAGAGCUGAGAAAGAAAGAGAGAGAGAGAGGGAGAGUGAGGGGGUGAGAAAAAAAGACUGAAAAGACAGAAGUUCUACUCCUCCUCUUCCUCCUCUUCCUCCUCAUGGACUUGUAGAACCAGUUUUUGUACUGAACAUUAAUAUACCUAACGAUUAGUUUUUAUAAUUUUCCAGAAAGCAAAAAAAAAAAAGUGGGAAAAAAGAAAUCUAUUUUUGUACUCCAGACUUUUAGUACUGACCUGUGUAAAAUGUUUUAGAGAAUGAUACAUAUGACUCAUUGGACAUGCUGUGAGUGCUGACGUUUUAGUAGUGCGGGACUUUAUCUCUUUUGUUUUGUUUUGUUUUUUCGGACGGUUCAGAGUUUGUACUUUUCACAAUGCUGCUUUUUGGGAGACUAGAAGAGCCGGAGAGAACGCACUGACAGUAGGAGAGAUGAGUCCAUUCAAACUCUCUCUUAUACUCAUACUCAUACAUGUAGACACACACACACACACACACAUUUCAUACAUACAUAAAAGCACAUCCCUACACAUCCACAUAUAACAUGGGCUCCUCUUGACCUCCCAGUGAUAAGACACCCCACUCAUCUCUGAAUAACCUCCCAGCUUCUGGAACUUUCUUGAGACAGACAGACAGAGCUUUAAAGACACAUCGUUAUGGCAGCUAAAGGUUUAUGAUCACAGGUUUCCUGGGUUUAACUGUAAAUUGGAGGUGUAUAAAUGUGUUAUUUGAAAUGUAGGAAACCCUUUGUUCUUCGUUGCAUUUUGUUUGUAUGUUUUUUAUACAUAUAUAAAUAUAUUUUUAUUUGAGGAUGUGUAAAAUAAUUUUAAUGAUGGAAAUAUUUAUUUAAAAAGGUGUAAUAAAUUUACAUUAGAAUACUGAAUUUUUGUGGUCAUUUUACUGGUGUUCUGGUUAUGCCGUUCUGCACAGUUUUUUGGUCUCCUGGUUAAUGCGGCCCAAACUCAAAACAAACAGUGAGGUAUAUAUAUAUAAAAUAUCUUUGAAUUUUUGACCUGAGCUCUUUUAGUGAUCCAACAUUUAAUUUGGAGGAGGCUAGGGAUGUUACAAAUAAAAAAACAGAUAAAUAAAUAUGAAUAUCUGGCAAUCAGCAACUCAAGCUGAUAUUGCUGAGGGUUUUGUCAAUGCAAAUCUGAACCUAGUACUCCUCAUCCAUACUACUUACUCCACAACUUCUCAUCUUUACCCCUGAGUACAAUGCAAUCCUAUAGUCACAUGCAGUUACAUGUUUUCAUUUCUUAAAAAAAAGAAAAUUUGAAGAAAAAGAAAAAAAAAGAAUUGGAGGGAUGUGAGAGUUAUAGGGAUCUCUGCGUUUGGCUCUGGGUCUGUUUGUGAUGGCUCGGGCCAGGCACAGAGUCCGCGGGGAUAGCCCCUGUGGGAGGACAGCAGUUAGCCGGCCAGGCCUCUUUGGCUUCCACUCACUGCGCUGGAGAGGCUGUGGUUGCCCCAUCUCAGUGUUUCCCUCACAGCAGAAGACAGGUGGGUUUUUUUAAUCCCAAUACUUUGACACCUUGUAACUUGUGAUGGCUGCCGACACUAAAAUGGAAUGGCCCCCCUCGGCAGUGCCAGAUCCGGGCCAAAACUGGCCGCCGUCUCGGGUCGUCUUAAUCUGAUCGGAAAGCCUUGGGUCCCUCUAAAGAGGGUUUUAUUUGCUCACAGGGUCCUCAGGAGCUGAAAGCCAAGGACUGUUUGUUAGUGUCUGUGUGUGUGCCCGUGUCUCUGUGUGUGUG